UGCUCAUCCUCUGUAUCACAUCGCAGGCAUGAAAAUCUCUAGGUUUCUCUUCAUCUCCUUGGUGCCUAUGAUGGCCAGGAGCACGUCGAUGGGAGACAGGAGACGACGCUGCCCUGCUUUUAGCUUUCUCGGGCUCACGCUACCAGCCAUUCCAGACCUGCAAAUGCCGACUUCACCCAUCGAGGUGAAGUUGGUGUAUCAGCGCGUCCUCGAUCCAAUACAUUAUGGUGACUACUGUGGACCCACACCCGAGAUCACCCCGGACACCGGCUGUCGCCAUCCCCUCAACCUGGCUGCCUUGGACGACACGGAUGAGAUCUGCCGGCUGCACGAUCAUUUCUAUUGCAAAUGUGAUAGCGUGUACCACAGGCAGGGCAAAAGCCCUCCCUCCUCCGCCCUGAUCGCCACACGCUCCCUCUCCGCCGACUUUCGAAAGACGUACUUCGCCAAUCUGGACAAGGACUAUUACAUGUGCGUGCACGAGGCGGAUCAGGAAAUGCUGGGAAAAUUCGAUACUUUGGUGUCUGAGGGGCGCCUCCCUCCCUCCUACUGGGACCCUUUGACUCGCUGGAAGUUCGAUUCUCUCCUGGAUGUUUUCCGGCGCAACAUGGCUGUGGACGCAGAGAUCCUGGACCUGCAAGCGCAAGAUGGCCGGGAAAGAGGAAGAGCAUACUGGUUCGAGGAGGACGCGGACGCGCAUGCGGUGAAGCAAGGGCCUGGGGAUGACGUGCCCCCUGCGCGGAGUGAAGGCAAGGGUUCGCAAGUAGUGACAGCUGCUGCAACGUCGAUGACGCAUUAAAUUUGUGCAUAGAUCGAAUGUAGAACAUAUCACUUGAGAAGGAAGCGUAAGGAUAUGAGCAUGAAAAACUCGAAUGCAUGUAAUGGGAAGGCACAUACAUCACGACGAGGUCAGAGAUAUCGUGCAUACAAUCUCAGGGCUGUACAUAUGUUGACGUUGAGGCUCGUCCCUUUGUUUCGAGAAGAAUGGAGACACUACGCUGUAGCAAGCGUCUUAGAUUCAUUUCGCUCGAAACGGUGGUCCUGAAGUAAGAGGCAAUCCGAUAAGUACUUGGGUCCGCAUCAAGCUCAUGAAGCCUCGACAUGCGAAUAAUUUGUGCAAUUUUGAUGGGGUUGGUGGAAAGGGCAGUUGCCAAGAGGCAACCAGGAUGGGUUUACUUAGUCGCAAAAACGGCCACGGCCUGACAGCCAAACUUCCUGAAUACUGCUCAGAGUAGUCGCUCGCCCAUGCUGAUCUAAUUGCGUGCUCAGAUACGAUAGACUCAAUGGAAAAUCCUUCGUAUUAAUGGGGUCAGGGUCGUGGGAUUAAGUUCCAUCCCUCCCUCGCGGCCCAUGGUCUGGUUGAACCAGGGCACUGUCUGUCAAACAAAGCCAACCACCCGACACGAUACGUGAC